GUGAGAAUAUCUAUGAAUUUUAAUAAACUUGCUUUUCCUUUUUUCCUCUUUGUGCUUUUCCAAGCGUCACCUCGCAGUCAAAAUAGUGGCACAAUUGUGGAUUUUCUCUGACAGUGAAGUCCCGGUGUGUUUCCGGCUUGUGUGUCCAUAUGACGGAGAGUCCGGACAGCAGCGUCCUACCGCGGACACCGACCGGCGGCACAGGCCCGGUGGUGGUGGUGAAGGUGGAGUCGGGUGUGUCGGUCCUGACCACGUCACAGACCACUGAGCUUCAUUUCCUGCGUUCGCGGGUUCAGGAGCUGGAGAGAGAGAAGGCCGAGCUGUUGGCAGAGAACCAGAGGCUGAAGAACAUGCUGGUCCACGAAAUCCCUGGGCUCUUGUCCACCAUGUGGCAGACAUUGGGCCAAGCCAACAGUCACCACUCCAUCUCCACGGCAACAGGCAGGAGUGACAAUUAUGCUCCGUAUUUGCAUCACCACCUCUCAACCAAUCAGGACAGAGACCUCCACCCUCAAGUCUACACCCAACAGAUCCAGGAGGAGCUGACUGGGGACAUGUUGGAGUCCUGGGCCCCGCUGGGCUCUGAGGAUGAGGAGGUGCCAGGAGGAGCAGACCUGGGCAUGGGCAGCCACAUGGGGGAGGAGGCACCGCUCUGCAGCCAGACCAUCAUGGAGGAGCUGAGGAGGAGCUGCUCCGAGAGCCAGUGUACUGCUGGACACGUGGACGACCAUGUGAGCCAGGUGGAGGUGUGUCCGGGCUCUGGUGUUCUUUGUGAUGUCCGCUCAUGGCAGGCAGCCAAUCAGGCGCAGUCUCCCACGGCAAUGGCACGGACGCUGCUGAUGGGUGUGUUUGAUAUGAACACUCUGAUGAACAGUAACCUGCGAGGUGGACGGAGCCGUCGUCCUGCCUUCCAACCACAGCGCAGCGCACUUGACCCACACAAGAUCAACGCCAUCUUCAAUGCGAUCUUGGCUCGGUUUCCUCUCGCCAAGAAAGGCGUCAUAGGCUCUGGCAUCAACUCCAAACUGUCUGAGAUUCGUUUCCGUUCCCGCAGAGCCAAUCGAGACCCUCGAUUCUUCUGAUGAACAGCUUGAUAGCUCCUCCUACCUCACUUAAUAAACAACUAACCGUCCAAUGAGAACACAGCAGUCUGGAGCUGCUGUACCAAUGAGCUGACAAUUUAAUUUAAACCUGUGUUUAGUUUCAGGUCUGAUCUGGUUCUUGUGUCACCGAGUCAGUGAUUCUGUUGCCAUAGCGACCAGCUGAUAGGUUGUUACGACCCAGUGACUGCCGACUGGACCUACAAAACAUACUGCCACACAUACUGCCCUUGUGAGUCUUCAGGUUCUCACAGUCGAGACAGACUUUGGUUUUUGUGCUGAUUUUGUAUUUUCAUGUGUAACAUAUGUGUGUGUGAGACAUCAUGUUGUAUCCGUAGAUGACAUCAUCAACAUCAUGAUUUGUCAGCACUAAUAAAAGUCAUGUUGAACUUCA